GACUCGAUCUGAUAUUGUUUCACCUGCUAUUAUUGAACCACUGAUUUUGUAUAAUUUGAUCACCCGCCAUGGCAGAUAAUUAUGUCUCUGCUGCGGAGAUAGCUCCACUGGUCGAAAACUUGAACAAAGCUGCUGCAAGUUUUGGUGCUGCUAGAGGAGGGGACCAGCAUGCUGCCCGACGAAAUUUACAACUCGAAGCUCGAAAGCUUCUGUACUCUUUGGAAGAGCCAAAUACCGAGGUCUGGCCUCGUAUCUUUCAAGUGAAUGUUGGUGUCGCAGUUGAAAUCGUGUCAGAUCUAGGUCUUUGGGAAAGGUUUGAGGGAGGGAAGGUUGUUUCGAUGGCCGAGAUUCUAGAGCUCACUAAAGCCGACGAGAUCAUUAUCAUCCGGGUCUUUCGCCAACUACUAGCUGCCAACAUUCUCGUUGAGAAACCAGGACCUGAAUUUGCCUUGACUCCUCUGGGAUUGCCAUACCUGAACUCAGAUCACCGUGCCUUCAACAAUCUCAUGCUUGUGGAUAUUCUCCCCUCGAUUAUGGCCAUGCCACGUACGCUCAAGGAACAUAACUAUAAGGCUCCAACAAAAGAAACUGGAACACCAUAUAAAUGGGCUCAUGGAGAAGAAUUGUGGACAUGGCUCGGCUCACAUCCAGAUCGCGCUAUGAACAUGGUGGCUGGAAUGCGAUCACACAAUGCAGGCAACGUAUCUGGCGACGCCUAUCCAUGGGGUGUCGAACUUGGAACGUUGAAUCUGGCAGAUGAAGACAUCGCUAUUGUGGAUGUUGCCGGUGGACAAGGUCACAUUAUGGAAGAGAUCAGAAAGCGAAACCCAGACCUGAAAGGCAGGUUCAUUGUGCAGGACUUGGCGUCUACCUUCGAAGCAGUCUCUGGUCCACCUGAAGGAGUUGAGUUCAUGCCGCACGAUAUGUUCACACCUCAACCAGUCAAAGAUGCAGCCAUAUAUUACUACCGUCAUAUCUUCCACGAUUGGAGUGAUGCGGACUGCACGUCUUUCUUGGCGCAGGUUGUGCCGCUGUUGAAGGAGCAGCCGAAGAGUAAGCUGUUGUUGGUUGAUCUAGUCUUGCCGGAUACAAAUGUCACAAUGCAAGAGGCGAUUAGAGAUAUUUCGAUGUUUCCGAUUGGAGGAAUGGAGAGGAAUGAGACCCAGUGGAAGGAGUUGCUUGCAAAGAGUGGUUUGAAGAUCAAGAAGAUUUGGCGGGGUAGUGAGCCCGAAGCUUGUGUUGAAUGUGAGCUGCUUUGAGCAGUAUCGUUGACUCGCAGUAUUGUUGACUCAAAACAAUCUGUUGAGAACGUCUAUAGUUCUAACUCGAC